AGUUUCGUAUAGUAGAGCGUAACAAAGUCAAAAUGUCCUCUCCAGCUGGAAGAACAGUUACCCCGUUGAUUAGCAGAAUCAGAAACUUUAUGGCGGGGAGAAAAAUUAUGGAACAUCAACGUUUUGAGCAGACUAUAUCACCAAGAACCCAACCUCCUCCGAAUAUCCCCGGAGGCAUUGCUCAUCAUUUGUCACAUAAUAACUACUUUUUGAGAGAUGGAAGACGAAUAGCUAAUGCACCAACCAAUUCUUAUUCAUCUUCAAAAUUAAUAUCUGCUGUUUCGGAGGAACCAUCGACGGUAGCAUCCAGAACUCCUCGUCCUGGAGCAGUCUACAAUUGGGAUUGA